UGCCGUAAAGCGACGGGUGCGUUGAGGUCUUUGAGGCUGCCGCCGCUGUUUAGUCCUCGUCUCGGUCUGACCGGAAUGGCGGCGCUCGUGAAGAGCCGAGGGUUUCUAUACAGCCGAGGCGGUUGCCCCUACCUAGUCUCGAGCUGCUUCGGCUGCAAGUCCUCAGUCUCCGGGGCGUCUUCGCUGGGCGAAGACCCGGAGAGGAAGAGCUCGCCCCCGCCUCCCAAGAGAAAGGUUUCACAUUUUCAUCCUCCUUCAGAUUCUUGCUGUGACUGGAUUGGGCCUCCUGAUCAAUAUUCAAAUCUUCGACCAGUAAUAUUUUAUAUUCCUAAACAUGAAACACCAUUGCAGCGAAGACUGAGAGAACUUAGACAGGAAACCCAGGCUUGGAAUCAAGAAUUCUGGACAAAUCAAAAUCUAUCAUUUAGAAAGGAAAAAGACGUUGUUUGUUCUAGACUGAAAGCCAAGGGAAUACAGUCAAGAGAUGAAAAGGGUCAGAAAGCAUCACUGACUGCAGAAGAAAUGGCUGUUUACAAAGAUUUCCUAAGUAAAAACUUGAAAAAAAAUGUAUACUAUAAUAGGGAAUGGUACAAACGGAAUUUUACCAUCACAUUCCUCAUGGGACAAGUAGCAUUUGAAAAAGCGUGGAAGAAAUUUGGACUGAAAUGAAGUACAAACUAACAGUUUUUUCAACCAAAGAUGAGACGAAGAAUUGAGUUUCUGUCAUAAAUUAUAUCAAAGCAUUCUGGUAUAUUUGUAUAUAGGUAUUUUAUUUAUUUAUGUAUUUAUUUAUUUUGUUCAUUUAUAUACCAGAUGCUUCCAGCUGAAUACAAUAAAAGGAAAAGGAUUCCCAAUCCCACAACCUAGGUUCAUGCCCAGUGCCUUGUCAAAACAUUAAACGGUAGAGGGGAAAUGGCAUUAAACAGAUACAUUGAACUUCAGUCACAUAACUUACAAUUUUCCUUUAUUGAGCCUGGUUGAAUUGUUUUCCUUCCACUGGAGUUGCUCUUAGUUUGUCUAAAUAUAAAAAAUAUUAACAUUGCAUAGAAGAAUACUGCAUAUAUCAGGAAUUUGAUACUCAUAGAAUAAGUUUAAUACUUAAUCAUGGUGAGAUUAGUAAUUUGUUACUACUGUUUCAACUAUAAAUAAUGCAAAUAAUUUAAUAUUUUUCUAUGGAACUCUAAUUAUCACUCAUGAAUAUGCCAGCAUUAUAUUGUAAUACAUGAAUAUGAUACUGUAAUUGUGUCAUUUACAUCAUGAUUAACUGUGCAAAGUUUAUAAUUUAGGAAUGGUUCUCCUAGUAAAGACUUUUGUUGCUGGGCAUGAAUUGCUUUGUCCUACAUUGCUUUAUUUUAAAAUUUGUGACCAAAUGUGUAGAACAUCUUGCUAAAUGGCUGAAAAUAGUAUGUUAACAACACAUGUUAUGAUGUGGCAUGGGGAACAUCUGAGAAGUAGAAAUGCCAAACCUACCCCACAAGACACACCUAAUGCCCCCUUGGAACCUGCUUUAUUGAGCUGGUCCUGAGACAAAAGGAAUUAUCUGGCUGCAUACGAAAUACUUGUACUUAAGAUCUAUUGGACUACAGUAUGGAUCCCUGGAAAAUAUAAAGAGGACUGGAUUGACAAUCCAGAUGAUCUCUGCUUCACCAACAGUGUCCAAUCCUUUCAUCUUUUUUAUACAUCAUCAAUUGCUAAAUGACUGAAAUAUUUUAAGAUGAGUUUGGAAUUAAUGUUGCAUUUAAUUAAAUACAAAAAACAUGUCUCCAUUUUGAUGUAUUCUUUUUUCAAAAUCUGAUACUCAAUGAGUACGAUAUUAUUCAUUCUAGAAGAAGUCAUUGUGUCUGUCAAUCUAUUCUCACAUAAAUAUUACCUUUAUUUAUUGAUUUGUACAUCCAAUGCCUCUUUAAUAUAUAUAUAUGAUAGAUUGCAUUAGUUUAAUGGAAAGGCAGCGACUAUUCCACAACUCAAAAUAUAUACAGUGUGGCAUGUCAUAUAAUGAUUUGCUCAUGGCAUUAAAGCAACUGACUUAUUUAUUCUGAAAACAGGCUCAUUGAGAUCGACUUCUGGCUGAAUAGAAAGGUUCCUGGUCGAUUUUGCAUAGAGCAGUACUUCUGAGAGAUUCAGAUUGUGCAUUCCUUCCACACAAGAUUGCUUUUAUUCACAGGCACAUUUCUUCCAAUAAAGGAAACAAAUUAGCAGGUGAAAGCAACUUCUAUUAUCCAUUCCAUCUCUUGCAGCCAUUAGUAUUAUAAUAAUAGGUCUGGCUGAUUUUAUCUCUCUCUAGGGCAGUGAUGAUGAACAUUUUAGGCACAGAGAGGGCUCUACGUGCCGCCUCUGGCAUGUGUGCCAUAGGUUCACCAUCAUGGGAAUAGGGGGUUGGUAUACACAGAAUAUACUGUAUAUGCACAGACCCACACCAAAGGCAAUUAUAUUGGCCACAAGAAAAUAAAGCCAGUACUGAGCAUGGAAAUCUUUUUGUUGGGACAAGCUAAGAGUUACAGGACUGCAUGUAAACUUAAGUUUCAGAAAUUCUUCACUGGCAAGUUUUUUUUAAUAAAUGCUUCAUUUGCUUUUUGCCCCAUUAUCCCCCUCCCCCUCUUUUUUAAACAAACAAAUUGCCUAGGUGAAGAAUUAUUCAACUCCUGAAUCUUGCAUUCUUUUGUAACCCUGAGGUAAAGAUAAUUCUGAUCCAAGCAGCUUCUGCAUUAUAAUUACUGAUAUUGUAUCACAUAUUCAGAGUACUGUAUGGAUUUUUCAGAAAUGAUUUGCUCUGUAAUGUUCAAAUCAAAUAAAGGAAGUAUCACUGAUAUUGGCUUUAUAGAGAAAUAACAAAAAUAAAUGUUUGAUUUCCAGUUGAAGUUAAUUUUUUUUAAUGUCCAAUAUUUUUCAAUACGAUUGUGAGUUCUAUGAGGAAACAUCUUGUUUGUAAAUUCUACAUGGUGUUUAAUUUGAUGGGAAAUGAUUAUUGCAUUCCAAGCAUGUCUUUUAUUUCCUGCCAUUCAUUGGAUCUCUUCAUUGAAGUAUUCAUCUCACUGGAAUAAAAGAGGAUGAAAGAGAAGGAAGAAGCUGAUUAAGGCUAAACUAAAAGCUCUUAUGAAUGUCUCUGUGUGAUUGCAACUGCUAUUACAGAAUGUGUGUUUAUAAACCAGAGUAUUUUUAAUUAUGUAAAAGAAGAGCACUUUCAUGGUAUAUUAUUGUCAGCAUCUUAAGUGUUUCAAUUUUUAUAUUACCAGCAUCCUCACUCCUAAUUUCUAACCCACUAUUUGUCUCAUUUCCAAAUAAAAAAGAGGAUCUGAAAAGGA